UGUGAUUUCCAAUAAACCUGUUAGGCUACAACCUGGCGUCGUGUGACUUCUGACAUUGGCCAAAAGACGGCGGUAUUAGAGUAUCGCUGUUGGAACAAGGUUGGUAGCCCCGAGAGUUGGGAAGCAGGGUAGAAAAGCGAAAGAAGAAAAACGGAUGACAAAGGAAGGAGGAACAAAAGAGAUAAUCAAACGGAGAGAGAAUCAAAGAAGAAGGUGGAAGACAGCGGCUGAAAUUGCAUUCAUACGACUCUCCCAAGCUCACUUUCAUACACUUGGGAGGUCGGAGUUCAGAAUCAGAGGCUCCACGGUGAAGCCGUGUUCUCUUCCAUCCUGAGCAGCUGACGUUCACUCAAGGCUGGCGGAUUAAAGUGGUCAAGAUCUCCGUGGACGAGGCCUCGGACAGACAAUGGCACCUCAGUAUUGAACUGGAUGGGCUGUUACGUCCUGAGGAAGAGAAAAAAAAACUAUUCACCAUCUCAAUGGGCACAAUUGUGAACAGGACUCAUAGUUUCUGCCAUUGAGAAGAUUUACUGACUGUGGAGAUUCCACUCUACUUUUCUACUUGUUGCCUAAAAAACAUGAAUGCAUUUCCAGAAGGUUGAUUUGAAAGAAAAAGAGACAAUGGGAAAUUCAUAUGCUGGGCAACUGAAAUCUGCACGCUUUGAAGAGGCUCUGCACAAUUCAAUAGAGGCAUCACUUCGUUCCAACAGCAUUUCUCCACGACCAAUCUUCUCUCAGCUGUACCUUGAAUCAGAUCAACCGCCUUUGUCCCCAGAAGCAGAUGUCAAACCAAAAAUAGAGGACCUCGAUAAAGAUAUUGAAGUCCAUCGCUAUGCACAAAGCAGCUCUUCUGGAUUCCCAGCCGUACAAGUCGGUAAUGGAAUGGACAAUGAAGAGGAAGAAGAAGAAGAGGAAAUGUCUGAGUCAAACAGCCCACCUAUUACAUACUUGCAGAAACAUGUCCCAGAAGGAUCCUGCACAACGGAUGGUUUCUGUCAGGCUGGCAAAGACCUACGUCUUGUAACGCUCUCUACAGAACAAAUUGACAUUCCACCAGGCUUUGUGCUGGUGGGAGCCAAGUCUCCAAAUCUCCCUGAGCACAUUCUGAUCUGUGCAGUAGAUAAACGAUUUCUGCCAGAUGACAAUGGAAAGAAUGCACUUUUAGGUUUCUCGGGGAACUGCAUUGGCUGUGGGGAGAAAGGAUUUCGGUAUUUCACUGAGUUUUCCAAUCACAUCAACUUAAAGCUGACAACCCAGCCGAAGAAGCAGAAGCACUUAAAAUAUUACCUGGUCAAAAACUCUGAAGGUAUUUUCUCCAAAGGACCACUCAUCUGCUGGAAAGAAUGCAGGACCCGUCAGUCUCCUAGCAGUUAUUCAUCUGCGCUACCCUCCACCAAGUCGGUUGCUGCAGUCGUGGGUGCUGCUGCGCCUUCUCCAAAUAUAGAUGCUGUGUCAUCCAGUGGUUACAGCACUACUGUUGUCAGUUCUCAGACAGAGUCAACAUUUAGUCUCUGUCCAGUAUCAUCUGCUGCCAAUUACCCAGGAUGCCAGGACUUGUCCAGGAAUGGAAACAUAGCAAAACCUCUGGCUCUAUCCAUGCAACACCUUGGGAAACCUCCAAUAACAGCUGCCUCUACAAAUGGCCAGUCACCUGGAUCUGUGCGAGUUAAUGGUAAUACCAAUAGUAACAACAAUGGUGGAAAAUCCAAUCUCAUUAGUGCUUCUUUACCUCGGCUUCAAACUAUUUCAACUUCAUCAAGUCCUGGCUUAACCUCAGGAGAUAACACCAUUAUGACAAGCUCUGGGCCGCCUAAGAAACGUCAUCGUGGUUGGUCACCUGGGUCCCCCAUAUCUGCACCUGCAGUAGCCCCUGUUCCAGCUGUGCAGCCAGUGACAAGAUCUGAUACUUUGCUGCCCAUUCCUGUUCCUCAGUCAAUGAUAGCUGGAGUUUUGCAGCCACAGGCGAUCCCUGCAGGGGAAACUGUUAUCAUCCCUGAAAAUUUAUUAAGCAAUUCUGGAGUGAGACCUGUUAUUCUGAUUGGUCAUGGCACUUUACCAUAUUUUUAUGGCAAUGUUGGUGAUAUUGUAGUGAGUCCACUACUUGUGAAUUGUUACAAGUUUCCACAGCUGACUUCAGUUGAACUGGAACGGCUGGGAAUCUCCAACAGCCAGACCUUAACUGUGGAAAACAUGAUCCUCUUGACAAUACAAUAUCUGAUUCACCUGGGCCCAGACCAGAUGCCUCUAAGGGAGGAAUUCGAACAGAUUAUGCUAAAAGCAAUACAGGACCCGAGCCUUAAAGAUAGAUCCUUACAAAUGGGAGGCCCUCCUUCCACCGUGUCUCCAGGACAAUUACCUUGGCUCGCUCGACUUGCUGCCAGUGUUUCACGAGAUUUGGUGCAAGUAGUUUUCACUCAGAACUCCCUGGCAGAAGGCAUUUCGGAGACUUUAAGGACAUUUGGUGAUGUCCAUCUACAUCAGAAAGUACCUAACUAUGUAGUAGUCGUUUAUACAUCAAAGAUGAGGGGAAUUGAAUUCUGUGUGGUUGUUUUAGGUCAUUAUCAAUCCCGAAUGCUGGCAGAAAGUAUGCUUACUACGAAUGAAUUCCUGAAGGAAAUCAGUUACGAAUUGAUUACUGGAAAAGUCGGUAUUUUGGCAUCAUAUUUCAAAACCUCUCCCCAUGGUGAUAACUUAGACAAAUUCCUGGAUAAAUUUCAGCAGAGUCGAAAUAGUAAUGUUGCUAUUCCAUUCAAUGGAAAUGUUUCUGACUAUAUUCCAGCAGAUGAAGCUGCAGCAAUGACUGCAAUGCAGUGUUUUGAUUCAGCUACUGAAAUGUUUCAAAUUCAUCCUUCUCAGCUCAGUGUUGCCCGAAAGUUGUUAUCUCAAGUUUGUGCAAUAGCAGACUCUGGAAUGCAAAACCUAGAUUUGGGGCGCUUUGGAAAGGUUGACUUCAUUAUUUUACUGCCACCAUCUGAGAUUCUUUUCCAGCAGACUUUGCAACGUGUUCGACAUUCAGGAGUACUUAUAGACUUGGGUCUAGAGGAAGACACUGUAGCCUAUCAAAGGGCUGAAAAAUAUAUUAUCCGCUUAGACCAUGACAUUCAGAACAAGUUUGAAGCUUUCAUGAAAAAAGUCAAGCAGAACCCGUACACACUGUUUGUUCUUAUACAUGACAACUCUCAUAUUGAUUUCACUAGUUUUUCAGGUUCUGGAACACAUGGGGAAUCCAGUCUGGUUCUGUCGGAUAAGUUUAUUAACUCACGUGAGGCACUUGAGGCCUGCAACUUACUUAUGUUGCAGGUCAGCUCCUUUCCCUUCACUUUACAGACACAGCAGUCCCGUGUCAGCUUCCAAAAUGAAGUGCACUGGAUACUGCCCAGCAGUCCUGAGGAGAUCAGCAAUGAGGACAUGGUAUAUUUUGGCUUGUCUGAUUACAGUAAAUCCUUACAAUGGGGAAUCACGAGCCCUAUCUUGAGAUGUGAUGAGGCUUUUGAAAGAAUGGUGAAUACUUUAAUGGAAAGAUAUCCCAGAUUGCACAGCAUGGUGAUUCGAUGCUACCUGCUAAUUCAGCAGUAUGCUGAAGCAAUGAUGGCUGUAACAUCAAUGAAUUUGUUGAGAGAACACACUACUCCUGAGACUCUGAGUAUUAUGGAUGAUUUGAUCAGCUGUCCUGGGAAAGACAAGAUUGGACGUGGACACAUGCUCUUGAUACGAGUACCAUCUGUGCAACUAGCAAUGCUUGCCAAGGAACGACUCCAAGACGUUCGAGAUAAGCUUGGCCUUCAGUAUCGAUUUGAAGUACUUCUGGGCAACCCUGCCACAGAACUCAGUGUUGCCAAGCACUUUGUUACACGAAUGAAGAUAUGGAGAGGGUGUGAACAAGAGGAAUGGGUCCCUCGUACCUAUCAGGAUUUGGAAGGUCUCCCAUGUAUUGUCAUCUUAACUGGUAAAGAUCCACUUGGAGAAUCAUUUCCAAGGUCCAUGAAGUAUUGUGAUCUUAGGCUAAUUGACUCCAGCUACCUCACACGUACGACGCUCGAGCAAGAAAUAGGCCUUGCUUGUGGCUACAUUUCUAAGAGUUCUGUCAGAGAAACCAUUGCAGUUCUGGAACAAACUGAGAAAGAACAAGAGAAAGUUCUUAUCAGUGAGAAUGAAUCUGAUGAAUUACAUAUUGAUCUAGAGAGGCCACAAAGUAACAGCAGUGCAGUCACUGGAACGUCAGGUUCCAUAGCAGAGAAUGGAGUGAUCAUCUCUAGCACUCUGGACUCAUCACAAAAACCAAUUUCAUCCUUGAGCUUUCAGAAUAUUGUAAACAGCUCCUGUGAUGAAGGUACCUCAGCACAUACCUCAACCAGUGUUGGCAGCGAGGGCUGCAAACAAGAAUGUGAUUCAGAAGGGAAAGAAACUGCAAGCAGCACAGUCUCAAAAUCAUCCAUAUCCUCUGUGAAUUCUCGCCGAUCUGUCCUACUCAACAAAGACUUCAGGACUCCACACCUCAUUUUUCAACGCACUGUAAUUUUAUCAAAACCCGUCUAUCAUCUUCUUGUCUCCUCCAAGAAUGAACAUUUAUGCUCUGCCAGUUUGUUGCCCCAUGCUGAUAUGGCUUGGACAAGCUCACUGAGAUCACUCUUUCAUAGAGAUUUGAGCAGUGAAGAACAAUCACUUUACUACAGACAAUGGACAAUUCCCAGGCAACAUCAUGCAGACUUUAGCAAUAAAAGUGAAGGAGGUUCUGGAAAUUUCCAUCAGCGACGGUUAUUGUUGGUGGGACCACCACAGAUUGGGAAGACAGGUGCAUACUUACAGUUCCUUAGGAUUCUUUUUCGAAUGUUAAUCAGACUUCUAGAGGUUGAUGUAUACAAUGAAGAAGAAAUUAACGAGGAAAUGAAAGAGACAAAUGAGCAUGCACAGGGAAUUAAUACACAGUGGCCUGACAUUGAACUCUUCAGCAAAAUGAUCUUUGACCUCACAGUACACGAUCCAAAAUAUCGCCACAUAAGUUCUGUGUACUCAGACAAGCUGCCAAAGAUUAAACUAGAAAGUGGUAAAGAAUGCAGUCCUACUGAAGGAUCAGCAAAACGAGAGACUGUCUCUAUCAUGCUAACCAAGUAUGCUGCAUAUAACACCUUCCACCAUUGUGAACACUGCCAUCAUUACACAGACUUCAACCCAGCCAUGCAGGUUUCUGAUUCUACACUGCAUGCAUUUACGUUUUCUUCUUCCAUGUUGGGAGAGGAAGUGCAGCUUCACUUUAUUAUCCCAAAGUCAAAAGAGCAGCAUUUUGUCUUCAGCCAACAGGGUAAACACCUGGAAAGUAUGCGUCUGCCACUUGUCACAGAUAAGAAUCCCAAGUCAGUGAAGAGUCCUAUCUUUACACCUACUACUGGGAGACACGAGCAUGGCCUUCUGAAUCUCUACCAUGCCAUAGAGGGUGCAAACCACCUUCAUAUCCUUGUGGUCAAAGAGUUUGAAAUGCCUCUCUAUCGUAAAUAUUGGCCCAACCACAUUAUGUUGGUACUACCUGACAUGUUCAAUGAUGCAGGGGUGGGUGCUGCCCAUUUUCUAAUCAAAGAACUUUCAUAUCACAAUUUGGAAUUAGAACGCAACCGCCAAGAAGAGAUGGGGGUGAAACGACAGUGUGUGUGGCCAUUUAUACUCGUCAUAGAUGACUCUUGUGUCCUUUGGAAUGUUCAUAAUAUAUCAGAAUCAAACAGUGGAACAAAGGAACCCACAGUUUCCACAAAGAGUGUUUCCUUGAAGACUAUAAUGCUGCACAUUGAGGCCACACCAAAAAUUACUCAUUAUGCACUCUGUGGAAUUCAAAAAUGGAACAGCAAGCUAAAUGCUAGCAAACUGAGGAUGCCAUUCUCUCGCUGUCACAUACAUGACUUUAUACUGUUGAAUGUUGAUCUGACACAGAAUGUACAGUAUGAUCUAAACAGGUAUACCUGUGAAGACAUUGACUUCAACCUACGGGCAAACAGCAGUGGUUUACUUAUUUGUCGAUUUAAUCACUUUAGUCUCAUGAAGAAAUACAUCCAGGUUGGAGGGCAUAAAGAUUUUGUCAUCAAACCCAAGAUUAUGGUAUCUGAAAGCCUCAAUAUGAUUUCUGCCUCUCAGUAUGUCUGUGCUCCAGAUAGUGAAAGCACAAUGCUAGCUGCUCCAGCCCAGUUUCUCCUGGAAAAGUUUCUACAACAUGCCAGUUACAAACUCUUUCCCAAAGCUGUACAUAACAACAACAACCCUGUGUUAGCUAUUGAUUGCUACAUGAAUCUCGGUCCUGAGAUUUCUGUGUGUUAUGUAAGUUCACGACCUCACUCAGUUAACAUAAAAUUUGCGGAAGUUUUGUUCAGUGGACUUCUACUCUACCUCUGUGACUCAUUCGUUGUUGCCGAUUUUCUCAAGAAAUUCAGAUUUCUUAAAGGUGCCACACUUUGCAUGAUUUGUCAAGACCGAAGUUCGUUACGUCAAACUAUUGUACGUCUGGAGUUGGAAGAUGAAUGGCAGUUCCGGCUGCGUGAUGAGUUCCAGACAGCCAGCAGCAGUGAUGACAAGCCACUUUAUUUUCUUACCGGACGGCAUAUUUAAGUUUACUUCAGAUGGCAAGAAACAAUAAUUGCGGGUGAUAGGUGGCACUAAUAACAGUUUGAUAAAGCACAAUUUACAAUUCCAUGGAAGGGUAAUACGGCACAAUUGUGUAGAAAAAGCAUAUCAAUAUUGUUGGUAGUCUGACAGUGGUCACUUUAACAAACGAUUAUAUAAGAACAGAAACAUAGUGCUCAGAGAUAAGAGAGGACUAUGUUCUGACGUCAGUAACUCCAGAAAAAGUUAAUUGUGUGAUUUGUGAGAAAAACAACUUUAUAUACGACUUGGUACAUUAACCUAUUCAACAUGGCAGAAAAAGGCAACAUGAGCUGCAGAAUGUGUAUAUGUCCAUCAUAGGCUUGACCAGUGCUACUCAUUUUAAAAUAUGUUGCAAGUAGACCUGGAUCAAAGCAGAAUGAACAACUCUUAAUAGAAAUACUUCAUUUGAAAGGAAUGAAACCAAAGCUGUGGAGUGAAAGGAAUUGAAGACUGUAUGUUGAAGAUUCUCCACGUCACCAUUUUGACUGUACAUAUUUACAGUUAAGCUCAGGGGUUUAAAUUCAGGUGACAAUGGAGAGGAGUCACUCAUAAUCAUGCUAACUGUUCUCUUCAUUUUUUGCUGUAUAUGAUUUCAUACUUAUUUGCUGUAAUACUUCAUCCUUAAGUACUUUUUUAGAAAGCUCACAUAUCUGUUGAACAUUUCAAUCUAAAUGCAUUAGUAGGGACUUUGCUAGAUUUGAUUAUACGAUGUGAGUGUUGCUCUAAAAUUUUAGUGGUAUCUGGAUUAGAAACAUUUCUGACUGCAUGCAAUGCAGGUCUUGGUUAAUCUGUAAUUUCAUUUAACUAAAUUGUCUUCAUGCUUUCUUGUAUAGCCUCCCCAACAGUACUUUUUUUUACAUAUUGCACAGGUGGUUGUAUUCUUUUGCUUACACUUACACUUAAUUGCAGCAUUGUUUUCAUUGAUUUCUAAUUUCAUGCAAAUUGCUAUCAAUAAUGCGUUGAGUUAGCUUUCGGGAGGUUGAAUGUGCAGUCUUGUCAUAUUGAAAAUCUACAUCUUUUCUACUUUAAAUGUUAAACGCUGUUAAGAGGAUGGAGGCAUUGUGCUUUUCAGUUUCUUUUUUGUACAACACAUGAAAAGAGUAAAUGUGCACGAGUAUCACA